AUGGACAAAGGCCAAUUCAUGGUGAAGAUUUUCUUUUCACAAAAUCUUAAGGUCAUCCCCAAAACAUUUUCUGACAAUUUGAAAAAGAAGCUGCCUCAAAGUGCAACUCUUAAAGGUCCUAGUGGUUUAACAUGGGAUGUAGAAUUGACGACUAAUGAUGAUGCAACGUUCUUUAACCAUGGUUGGCAAAAAUUUGUGAAGGAUCAUUCUUUGGAAGAGACUGAUUUGUUGGUCUUUAGAUGCUUGACUAAGAAAAGAUUAAGGGAAGGUUCUAUGGUUGAUGUUCACACCCCAUUGGAUGUCGAUGCUGGAUGCACCUCAUCAGUGAACUCUAUGGGUGAUGACAGUGUCACAGUGCCUUCUGAACAAUGUAUCAACUCCCUGAGAAAUCUCAACCUUGCAAAUGCAAAAGAGACAGAAUCAAUCACGUUUGAGGAUGAGUAUGAGAGAGAGCUUGCAGAACAUGCAGGUGGUGUGUUUCAAUGA